UUCAGGUUACGCGUAGGCGUUCAUACAUCUUCAAAUCCAACGGCACACAAUGGCCCACUCGAUCAAACCAACAGCCGUGAUCACUGGAAUGGCGCGGCCGAAGCCUUCCAAAUCACGCGUGCCAGCAAGCAGCAGGGCAAGGCAAACCCCCCCUUUAACCCGAUCAGAUCCGCACCGAUUCGACCCAAGUCCCCAUCCUCUCUCUCUCCCCCGACCUCCAGAUCGCGCCCGCAAAUCCUUCGUGUAACGCUCCUGCCCUGGGCGAAGCUAUAGCGCGCGCGGGCGCCCAGAUCUGCGCGGUCUCGCCGGCGAUGGCGUGCAUCAAGAGCGCGCAGCGGGCGGCGCUGACGGCGCUGGCGCCGGACGCGCCGUACCUCGCCGCCGGUACCAUGAGCGGCGCCGUCGACAUGAGCUUCUCCGCGUCCGCCAACAUCGAGAUCUUCCGCCUCGACUUCCAGUCCGACGGCCCCGACCUUCCGCUCCUCGCCUCCGCGCCCUCCCCCGACCGCUUCAACCGCCUCGCUUGGUCACGGCCGGGCGCCGUGGAGGGGGACUCCUUCUCGCUCGGCCUCCUCGCUGGCGGCCUCAGCGACGGCUCCGUCGCCGUGUGGAACCCGCUGAGCAUGAUCAACUCCGAGGGGAAAGCGGAGGACGCCAUGGUCGCGCGGCUGGAGAAGCACACCGGGCCGGUUUGUGGAUUGGAGUUUAGUGAGCUCACGCCGAAUCGGCUCGCUUCAGGGGCUGAACAGGGGGAGCUUUGCAUCUGGGAUCUCAAGAACCCUUGUGAGCCAAUCGUCUACCCGCCACUCAAGAGUGUUGGGUCCAGUGCCCAAGCUGAAAUCUCUUGUUUAUCCUGGAAUCCCAAGUUUCAACAUAUACUAGCAACCACUUCUAGUAAUGGAAUGACAGUUGUUUGGGAUUUAAGGAACCAGAAACCACUGACUAGCUUUUCAGAUUCAAAUAGAAGGAAAUGCUCUGUUCUCCAAUGGAACCCAGACAUGUCCACCCAGCUGAUUGUUGCAUCAGAUGAUGACAACUCACCCUCACUGAGAGUUUGGGAUGUGAGGAAGACCAUUUCACCAGUAAGAGAAUUUGUUGGCCAUUCAAAAGGUGUAAUUGCUAUGUCCUGGUGCCCUUAUGAUAGUUCGUUCUUGCUUACAUGUGCCAAAGACAAUAGAACAAUAUGCUGGGAUACUGUUAGUGGAGAGAUUAUUAGUGAGCUACCAACAAGUGCUAAUUGGAACUUCGACCUUCACUGGUACCGGAAAAUUCCAGGUGUCAUAGCAGCAUCCUCCUUUGAUGGGAAAAUUGGCAUAUACAACCUAGAGUUCUCUGGCCUUUAUGCGGCUGUUGAUGCUGUUGGUGCCCCAGCACGUCCAAGAGCUCCAGCUCCAAAAUGGUUGAAAUGCCCCGCUGGUGCAUCUUUUGGCUUUGGUGGUAAACUUGUUUCUUUCCAUCCGGCAGCACCCACCCAAGGUGCACAAGUGUCUACUUCUGAGGUGCAUGUACACAAUUUGGUGAUUGAGCAAAGUCUGGUGAGCCGGUCAACUGAAUUUGAAGCUGCUAUACAGAAUGGUGACAAAAGUUCGCUGCGUGCUCUGUGCGAAAAAAAAUCACAAGAAUCUCUAUCUGACGUGGAGAGAGAAACAUGGGGCUUCUUAAGGGUUAUGUUUGAGGAUGGGGAUGAUGCAAGGACAAAAUUGCUUGCUCAUCUUGGCUUCGAACCGCCUCAAGCACCAACUGUGGAUUCAACUGAUGAACUGAGCCAAAGUUUGGCAGAUACACUUAAUCUUGAUCAUGGCACAACAACGGAUAAUACGGAUGCUCAAUUUCUUGUUGAUAACGGGGACGAUUUUUUUAACAAUCCUCAACCUUCAGAGGCUAGCUUGACCGAAGAAUCAAUUUCUACAAAUGGUCAACAGAUAGAGCAGGAAAUGCCUGGAGAUGUUGUGCCGUCUGAUCCAUCAAUUGAUAAAAGCAUUCAACAUGCAUUGGUAGUUGGAGACUACAAAGGGGCAGUUAACCAGUGCCUUGCUGCAAAUCGUAUGGCUGAUGCUUUGGUUAUUGCCCAUGCUGGUGGUUCUGCUCUAUGGGAAAGCACAAGAAAUCAUUAUCUUAAGAACAGUAUCUCGCCCUACUUAAAGGUUGUUUCUGCUAUGGUGGGCAAUGAUUUAAUGAGUUUUGUGAGUACUUGGCCUCUAAGUUCAUGGAAAGAAACACUUGCGCUACUGUGCACGUUUGCGCGGAAAGAGGAAUGGAAUGUUUUAUGCAACACGCUUGCGUCUAGACUUGUGAGUGUCGGAGAUACACUUGCCGCAACUCUCUGUUACAUUUGUGCUGGAAAUAUAGACAAAGCUGCGGAAAUAUGGUCUCGCAACUUGAAGUCUGAAGAUGGCGGGAAGACUUAUGUUGAUCUUCUCCAGGAUUUGAUGGAAAAGACCAUUACUCUCGCCCUUGCUACAGGCCACAAGAGAUUUAGUGCGUCGCUAUCUAAGCUUCUUGAGAACUAUGCCGAACUGCUGGCCAGUCAAGGUCUUCUUAAAACUGCAAUGGAGUAUUUAAAACUGUUGGGAUCGGAUGAACAUUCACAUGAGCUGGCAAUUUUGAGAGAUCGAAUUGCAUUUUCUACAGAAGAGAAUGAUGCUGCUAGGAGUUCUGUUUCUGAUAGCACUGGCACCAAUUCCCCCUACGUCAUGAAUCAAUCGAGUUAUAUCACGCCAGAUCAUUCUCAGAAUCUUUACCAGCAGGUACCUCAGCCAUAUAAUGUGCCAAGUAAUACAUAUUCGGAUGUUUACCAGCAACAACCUAAUGCAGCCCUUGGAUACAACAACACAUAUCAACCUCAACAACCAGCUCAGAUGUUUGUUCCACCAAGCGCACCCGCAAGCUCCCAGCAACAGCAAGGUUCUGCUCCCGUAUCAGCGCCACAGCAAACAGUAAAGACAUUUACUCCUACAAAUCUACCAGGUCUCAAAAACCCGGAACAAUAUCAGCAACCUAAUACCUUGGGUUCCCAGCUUUACACGGGUUCUGCAAACCCACCAUAUUCUUAUGGACCAUCCGCUUCAUAUCAAAGCGGACCUCCAACCACAUACCAUCAGCCUAGAUCACCAGCUCAAUACCAGACUGCUCCACCGGUCCCUUCUCUUGGUGCUAGCGCCCCUGUACCAGGAAUGGUCUCUAACCAGAUGUUUCCCCAUUCUGCUGCAACUAACUCAACAUCCAGGCUUUUGCCAUCAAGCAAUCAAGGCUUUGUUCAGAGGCCAGGUUUGAGUCCUGUACAGCCAUCAAGUCCCACACAGGCACAUGCAAAGGCACAGACAGCUCCUCCUGCACCUCCCCCAACUGUGCAGACAGCUGAUACGUCGAAGGUGUCAGCUGAGCUGAGAUCUGUUAUUGCAACACUGACCAGACUAUUUGAUGAGACAUUCAAAGCUCUGGGAGGAUCACAAGCUACUCAGGCCAAAAAGCGUGAAAUAGAAGACAAUUCAAGGAAAAUAGGCGCAUUGUUUGCAAAACUAAAUACCGGCGAUAUAUCUCCAAAUGUUUCAUCGAAACUCAUUCAGCUGUGCGGUGCGCUUGAUAGUAAUGAUUUUGCCACUGCGAUGCACCUGCAGGUACUUUUGACAACAAGUGACUGGGAUGAGUGCGACUUUUGGCUUGCAGCUUUGAAGCGUAUGAUCAAGACGAGGCAGAACUUCAGAAUGUAAACCUAUGCAGCCUUCUCCUGCUGCCAGUUCUGUAUACACCGUUUCUGCUUCUUGCCAGAAAUGUUUGUGUUAGCAAUUCAGUGGGUUCGCCAGCACAGCGGUGUCAUUCUGCUUCUCUGUUCUCGUCUCCCGAUUCUGCCUAAGCUUGUUGGUGAAAGUGGUCUGUUACUUAGGUGCUAUUAUACUUUUUGAUAAUAGUUUUUUUUUUUACAUUUCUUUGUAAGAUGAUCAGCUGCUGGGUUGUUGGUUUUGAAUAUUAAUUGUAAGAGGCCACUUAGUCUGUGUUAUAGCUGGUCGAUCAUCCUUUUCCUUUUCAGUUAGAAUUCUUCACUUUGGACAUUCGAGGAACACUAGAUUAAUACGAGGGACCAUGGCAUAUUUUUUGUACUGGAAUGAACAGAAAUCAAUAAAUUUCUGGAAUCUUCAGGUU